AUGCCCUCACUACCAACAACAUCAUCCUCAGCUUCACGCACGCGUACCCGUCCCCGUCCUCGUCCUCGCAACAGCAAUGACCACUCGCACUGGACGACGACCCUCCUCGACCCCUGGCGUCGGACGCUGCACUCGCUCAUACGGGUACGCCGAUCCUCCGACCUCACCCGUCUCAUCUGGAAGUCCUACUCGAUCGACCCGCGGUUGCCCGUCCGUGUCCGUCCAAUGAUGGCCCUUCUCACAGCCUCCAGUCUGCUCGUGCUCGCUGCACUCGGCUUCCACCCCACGUUGGCGUCCAAGAUCACCCCUCCCGUACCCUUCUCGGACAAGCUGCUGCAUUUCGUGAGGAGAUAGGAACGAUCAGUUACUUUUUGCAUCGUCCUGGGACUGAACUCCGACGAUGUCUCCCACAGGUCUGCUUCACUGCCGCCUCGGCGCAGUUCUAUGCGAUCUGGAAUGUCGAUCAAGCCGUGAGAACUUACUGGCAUUGGAAGCACUGGAACGAACUCGUGUCUAUCCUCGUGUGUGGGAUAUGUGCGUGUCCGCAUGGCUUGGUGCCCGCGUGUCAACUCCCUCUUGGAUUCACGCGGACUGACACCGGUAUCGUAACUCUCCUCCCUCGACUCGCAGGGGGCAGCAUCGGUAGCGAGUUCGUUCAGUCUUUACUACCGUACAAAACGGUGCGUUCUACUCAAUCUCAAUCUCAAGCGCAAGAUCUGAUCCAACCCCAGUCAAAUUGCGACAUUGAUUCCUAUUCCUCCUUCCUUUCCUGUGCUGUGCUGUGCAACGAACCCAACCCCCUACUCCCAUCUUCGGCCACACCCAGUUCCAAUGGGGUGACGUAGUCGUAAGCCUUUCCCUUCCCUCCCAUCCCCACGAUCCCCUCGAUCCUCCUCACCCCAAACUCACCCUCUCACUCCCCUUCCUACCACCAGGCCAACAUCCUCGGCACGACCCUAGGCAUCACCCUCUCCCGAUCCUGGACCCGUCACCGCGAAAGGGCCCAACAACUUCGACGCUUGUACCAACCUCUACACCUCGAACAGAGUGAUGAUGCCCUUGACGACGAAGAUGACGGAGACGAUGGGUCGAGUCUUGCGUCUUCGAUUGCGGGCGAACGGAUGGAGGAGGAAGGUACGAGAAGGGGGCAAGGGAUGGUGGGGGGUGGGGUGGGGAGUAGGAAGAAGAGGAGUGAGAGUAACCCUUGGGACGACGCGGAGGACACGGGCAGUAUAUUCGGAGUCGGAUUUGAUGGGGAGGAAGAUGGGAAGCGGGAAGGGGAUCAGGGACGGCGAUCAUCGGCCGAGGAAAGGGAGGAGGGACGGCAUUGA